AUGCUCGACAUAGAUGGCGUCGAGAGUUAUUUAGGGUUAUUGAGUGAGCAAUGGAACCGGUUCAACACCGCUCAAGAUGCCGUGGAAAAUUCGUGUGGAAGUGAAAACGCCGAUGUGGAGGAUAAUGUUCGCGAACAGGCCGAAUCUUGGUAUGCCACGGCUCUGGCAAAUUUUAGGCGUGUGCAGAAAUGUAAAGUUUAUCCUUCAUCGCAACCCAUAACCGCUUCACCCAUUGUUUCUGCAUCCAUACGUCUGCCCAAAAUUGAUCUUCCAACGUUCACUGGCGAUUCCACUGAAUGGACUGCCUUCUAUGACUCCUUCCGUUCAUUAGUUGAUGGCAAUGCUGCCUUGUCAGGGGGGCAGAAGUUGCAUUAUCUGCGUAGCUGUUUGAAGGGGGGUAUAAUAAGUGGAUUCCAGAUCAGUGACGCCAACUACGAUGAGGCUUGGAAUCUACUUAAAUCGCGUUACAAAGUUAUGCGCGUUAUCGUAGAGGCACACCUUAGGGCAAUCGCGGAGGUUAAAAGGGUCACAGACGACACCGCUGAUGCUAUAAGGAGAGUUUUGAAUGCAUUUCAACAGCACAUACGGGAGCUCAAAGCACUAGGGCGUCCUGUCGAUUUUUGGGACGAUUGGCUGGUUCACGAGAUCGUUUCCAGACUAGCGUUUGAGACCAGGAAGCAGUGGGAGCUGUCAUUAUUAAGCGACGAACCACCAACCUUUGAACAGCUGACUGAAUUUUUGGAGGUAAGGUGCCGUUCUUUGGAGAUGCUCAUCACGCCAGCAAAUCAAGUAGCAGAAAAACCGACUGUGUCAAAGGCGUUUGGAAAGUCAACUAAAGUUUUUCACGCUAUCUCGGAACAGCCAGACACGCGUUGUAUGUACUGCGAUGAAUCCCAUAAAAUUUAUGCUUGCGAGAAAUUCCGUGACCUAGAUCGCAAAGCAAAGUCGAGAUUCAUUCAAGAAAGCAAAGCUUGCUUUAACUGUUUGAGUCCAGGACACUACAAGGAUCGCUGCAAUAGUGGCUCCGCAUGCCGUAUAUGCAACCAACGACAUCAUACGCUGCUCCAUGGUGUGGGAACAUCAACCGCUACAUCCGCCCAUUUUGUCGCCGAGGCUAACCGCACCGUUCCGGAUACGUCAUCCACAACCAUCCCCAUAAACGCGUCUGCUAGCACCAGUUCGCCGACGAAUGCCAAUGCUGUCUCAUCAUACUUGAGCUCUGAAGAAACCCCGCUUCCUCUAACGCAACAAACUGUGUUAUUGUCCACCGCCUCUGUAAAGGUUCGCGAUUGCGCCGACCGAUGGCAGACGGCGCGCUUAUUAUUUGAUUCUGGUUCACAUGCCACAUUCGUCACUGAGGCAUGUGUACAACGCUUGGGUCUACCCCGUAAAUCGUCUUCGGUAAUUGUCACCGGAAUAGGUUCAUCGCAGGGAGGCCACUGUAAGGGUGAGGCAUCACUCGUACUCUCGUCCUACUUCUCCAAAGAUCGCUAUCCCGUCGAAGCCUUGAUUUUGCCGAAAAUCACUAGCGACUUGCCGUCGCAUACUCUGGACAUUCCUGAAUGGCCGCAUAUUCAGGGUUUGGUCCUAGCUGACCCGCAAUUUAUGAAACCCGGUCGCAUCGAUAUCUUGGUUGGUAUGGAUGUUAGGAGUCGUCUCAUCUGUCCUGAACUUCGUAAAGGUCCACUCGGCGCACCUAUGGCGCAAAAGACGGUCUUUGGUUGGACCUUGUGCGGAAGUAUCAAAGCUUCACCUUCGCCACCGAUCAACAUACAGUCGCUGCACUGUGAUGUGCAACUCGAUCGCGCGCUAACGAGGUUAUGGGAGCUUGAGGAAUCUCCGAAAAAACCUCAUCUCACACCCGAAGAGAGCUUCUGCGAAGAUCAUUUCGCUUCUACGCACCAAAGAUCACCUGAUGGCCGCUUUCUAGUGGAGUUACCGCUGAAAGCAGACGUGCCAUUGGGUGAAUCUCGCGACCUUGCCGUGCGAAGUCUAUUACGCAUCGAACGGAGGAUGACUCGGGACAAUGCGUUGCAAGCGCUAUACAACGAGUUCAUGCAAGAACUAAUAGAUAUGGGACAUAUGGAACCUGUACCCGAAGAGACGACUAAUGCAGUGUAUUAUAUGCCGCAUCACCCAGUGCUGAAGGAGUCGAGCGUUACGACGAAGCUAAGGGUCGUUUUCAACGCUUCUGCCAAAACCACCUCCGGGAAUUCGCUCAACGAUGCCCUUUGUGUUGGGCCGCAAUUGCAGCACGACCUGUACGCUAUAUUGUUGCGUUUCCGUAUGCACCGCUUCGCAGUCACCGCCGAUGUUGCGAAGAUGUACCGUCAAGUAUGUGUGUCACCGAAGCACAUCGACUUACAACGCAUCGUUUGGCGUGCACAUCCAUCUGCGCCAAUUCAAGAUUACCGCAUGCUACGAGUAACUUAUGGUGUGGCGGCUGCUUCUCAUCUGGCCGUAAAGGCGCUGCAACAAACUGCCAAGACUUCUACGAACGAUUCCGAAAAAGCUAUUUCAGUUAUCCUUAGAGAUUUUUACAUGGACGAUCUUCUUACUGGUACAUCUUGCAAAACCGAACUUCAGUCCCUGCAACAACAUGUCUCACAGAUUUUAAUGGAAGGAGGCUUUGAGUUACGAAAGGGGGCAUCGAACUGUAAGGAGCUCAACGAGAGUAUUUCCGAAUCUUCGAGGGGUAUUUCGCACUACGUAGUCGAUGGUAAAGACGUUCACGCGCUGGGUCUGAUGUGGGACACCGAGGGAGAUCAUUUCACAUUUGCCGUCAAUUUGAAGAAAGAACCCGCAACCCUAACCAAGAGAUCCCUCCUAGCCGACGCUAGUACGCUCUUUGACCCGCUGGGUUUACUCGCUCCGGUCACAAUAAAGGGUAAAAUGUGGUUUCAGGACGUUUGGCGUUCUGCAGUUGGGUGGGACGACCCAGUACCACCCACAAUCGAAAAGGCUUGGCGAGAUCAUCGAGUAGAGCUACAGAACUUGAAGGAGUUGAAGGUCGACCGCUGGAUUGGAUCCGGAAUGGCCGGCUCAUUCACGGAGCUGCACGUGUUUGCUGACGCUUCCGAACGAGCUUACGCCGCUGUGGUAUACGCCCGCACUUUGCAACCCGACGGUACUGUUGCUGUAAGCCUCAUUUCAUCGAAAACUAAGGUUGCACCGCUUAAACCCACGACUCUACCCCGCCUUGAACUUUGCGCUGCACAUUUAGCCUCGAAGUUGGUCCGAAACGUGCUGCACAGUUGGGGUAAUCUUCGCUACCCGCUAUAUGCUUGGACGGAUUCAACCAUCACCUUAGCCUGGCUACAAGCACAUCCUAGCAAAUGGAUAACCUUUGUAGCUAACCGCGUUGCCGAAACCCAAGACGUUUUGCCGCCGAAUAGUUGGCAUCAUGUAAGGUCUGAAUUGAACCCAGCUGACUGCGCGUCCAGGGGUAUAUCGCCGUCUGAUCUCCUUUGUCACAAACUUUGGUGGAACGGUCCUGAAUUUUUGAAAGGUACAGACCAGUUUUGGAAGAAAGAGUCGACAAAUCAACACGCAACCGACAUUGGCGUUCGAAACAAAGUUGCAGCAAACGUUUCAAAUUCAAACGAUUACUGGCCCGUCAUUACAAAAUAUUCGUCGUAUUCAAAGCUACGUCGCGUCAUUUCAUUCUGCUUACGAUUCGUUUGUAACAUUCGAGCAACUAAGCGUCUCGUCGAAAAACGCCAUGGUCCUCUAAGCGGGUUGGAGCUGGUCGAAGCGGAGCGCCGCUUAGUUAAAUAUACGCAAAACUUUCACUUUGCCAAUGAGAUCUCUCACUGCAGCGCAAAUAGGCCGAUCCCGCUACGUAGUAGCUUGGUGCGUUUGCAACCAUUUCUGGAUCCCAACGGUAUUCUCCGUGUAGGUGGACGACUGAAAUCCGCAAAUAUUUCAAACGACGCGAGGCAUCCAAUAGUUUUGCCCAAGAAUUCUCCGCUUUCACGCCUCAUCAUCUCCGAUAUACAUUACUUUACUUUACACGCUGGGCCACGUAUAAUGCAGGUCGUAUUGCAGCGUCGUUAUUGGGUGAUUGGAGCUCGUAGUUUGAUCCGCAGCAUUUAUCACAAAUGCGUCAAGUGCACUUGCAUCAAUCGUAACGCUGCCUCGCAGUCAAUGGGUGACCUUCCCGCGUCCCGUACGACAUAUGCUCGUUGCUUCACACGCACUGCCGUGGACUUUGCUGGACCCUAUUCAUACAAAUAUACUUACGGAAGAGGAGCUAAAUCUACGAAAGGAUAUAUAUGUUCAUUUAUUUGUAUGUGCACUGGUGCGAUGCAUCUUGAAUUUGUAGGGGAUCUAUCGACACCAGCUUUUCUCAACGCGUUCAAGCGUUUCAUAAAUCGAAGAGGGUAUUGCAAGACCAUGGUAUCUGACAAUGGCACGAAUUUCGUUGGAGCUGAAAAGGAACUGCGCAACAAGUACGAGCAGUGCAUGGCUGAUGAUGCGCUUCAGUCCUUUUUUGCUGACUCCAAUAUUGAGUGGCAUUUCAACCCGCCGACCGCACCACACAUGGGUGGAUACUGGGAAACCGGUAUCAAACGUAUCAAAUACCAUUUGAAGCGUGUUUUAGGAGAUACCUUCCUUUCGUACGAAGACUUCAGUACGCUAUUAACUGAAGUGGAAGCUUGCGUUAACUCUCGCCCACUAUGUGAAAUUUCAACAAAUGCUUCCGACCUCGAAGCCUUAACACCUGGACAUUUUAUUAUCGGCGAACCUCUGAAGUCCAUCCCAGAACCUGAGGGUCAAGGGUUCUGUGGAAAUCUCCAUCAGAGGUGGCAAUUAAUUUCAGAAAUGCGACGACAUUUUUGGCGUCGUUGGAAAGACGAGUAUCUCUUGAGUCUGCAACGUCGCACUAAAUGGUUUCGUCCUUCACGUAAUUUCGAAGAAGGAGAUAUAGUAGCUAUUUUCAACGAUCUCACCCCUCCGACUAAGUGGACACUCGCAAGG